CACGUGACGUGGACAAUGGCGGACGUCGCCAUUUCCUCGAUCGACCUCAAAUAGAAAAACUCAAUUUAGCGAAAGAGUCGACAAAAAAUUGCUUUAAUUUCAUUUCUGCUGAUAAAACUUUCAACUUUUCUGGCAUCUGAGAAACCAUAAUCAUGGUGGUUUCCCCUUUAAACUGCGCUCCUGCGAAAAUAUCGCAACAUACAUCCAAGUAUUCACCUUCAACAAACAUGAAUGCGAGGGAAUUAUGCGACAACGAUGACCUCGCCACCUCGCUUGUGCUUGAUCCUUAUCUUGGGUUCGCGACGCAUAAGAUGAACACAAGAUUCCGAUCAGUGCGUGGCCGUAAUGAUGAACUUGCGAUAACAAUCGAAGAAUUUCAUUUUGUUCCAAAUUACGAGGAUACUUAUAACAAGUUGGUAUCGGGCGAAUGGUCAAGAUUGUAUUUCAUGAAUAAAUCAAGUCGACAACAACAGGUAUUCAAAAACCAUGUUUUCCGGUACUUGGGCAUGUUUGAUCCCGAAUGUGGGUUCUCCAUCCAACCGUGCAACCGAUAUACUUUGGAGGAUGGUGGAGCAAAGAUAGUUUCAACCCGAGAUUGGUGUAAGAAUGACAAGAUGAACUUGUUGGUUGGUUGUAUUGCUGAGUUAACCAAAGAUGAUGAGAGUAGUUUGUUGGUGCCUGGUCGUAAUGACUUCAGUGUGAUGUUCUCUACAAGGAAGAACUGUGCACAACUCUGGUUGGGACCUGCUUCCUUUAUUAACCAUGAUUGCCGACCGAAUUGUUGUUUUGUAUCAACGGGACGCGACACUGCGUGUGUACGGGUGUUGCGCGAUAUUUUACCAGGGGAGGAAAUCACUUGUUUCUAUGGAGAAUCUUUCUUUGGGGAUAAAAACUGUUUCUGUGAAUGUGAGACAUGUGAAAGACGUAAAACUGGUGCAUACCGGCCAAAGGACGGCUCUAAAUCCGACGUUCCAAUGACGUUUAGUAAUAAAUAUGGACUUCGUGAAACAGAUAAAAGGUUACAUCGAUUACAGAAGGAAAGAAAAUCAAAUAAACUUCCUUCAUCCCACAAACUGGUGAAACGCGAUCCCUCCCCCUCAUGCAGUGAGUUCUCCAUGAGUUCCGAGGAUAGCUCCGAGUAUUUUACAUGUAGCGAAUCGGGAAGAAGUGUCACCGAUUUUGAUUCGUCAUCUACGUCAUCCGAGGAAAUACGUGGCGUCACGGUUCGAUUGUCAAAGUCAGUGAAGCGUAGCGCGUCUCCAGUGGUGCGUAACGCAAAGCGACAAAAAACUUCGGUCUACACAAACUUGUUCGAACCUUACUACUAUGAAAAGGGUGAUUCCCCUCAAGUAGGAACACACCGUCGCAAGCAGACACCUCCAAUAAAACUAUCGGAUCAAUACCACGGCAACGCUUCUUUUAUAUCCAAGGGGAUUCGUUACGGAGCCCUCACUGCUUCGUUACUCCCGUACCGAUCGAAACCUGAACCACUAGAUAGCACUAGUGUGCGUAGAAGUCCACGUUUAACUUUCCAUGGCAAACCUGAUGUGCAGAAAUCAAAAAAAGUUACCGAAGAUUUCUUACCAAAGGCUGAGGUGAGACUACCACGGUUGGAAAGCACUCACGCGGAACCAAUGGAAUUGAGGUCAAAAGGUCAAAGUUCAAAAGCUCGAAAUUUAUGGAGUGACAAUGGGUUUCUACCAUUGUGUGUAGAAAUGCGGGGCUCGGACUGGGUUAAAACGGGGGAAACCCCAGAUUGGGGGCAAACAGAAAUCCAAAAUGGAAAAACGUCGAUUAAUUAUGACUCAACGCUUUCCCGGAAAGACAAUGGUGUUCCGAAACUAACGAUUCGAAAAGUUUCAAAAAAUGGAAAGAAAUUAAAAGAAACCGGUCGUUUAAAACUCAUGCUCGGUGCCGAGCGUAUUCAUGUCAAUUUACUGAAAUAAAUUUGAACUUUUCAAUCAUUUCUUUCACUGUUGCGUCGCUCACUGUAAAUUUUAUGCAAAUUCAUCAUGAUUAGGCAGAUUUGAUUCCAAAGUUUUUGUUUUUGAAGCUGUAACUUUAUACGUUGACAGUUCAUAUAAAUGUUGUUGCAUGUCUAACCGCUAGGUGGGGUUAUAACAAUGUAACCCUGGUGUCUUGUUUCAAAAUUUGAACCAUUUGUUGUCUAAUAUAGAAAACUUAUAAAGUAA